AUGAAUUCUGCAUCGCGUUUGGAACGUUUGCGUCAGUGUUUUAUUUCACAUCAAGUUUUUGAGGCACUGCAACCGUUGUUCCUCAUCACAUUCCUCUACGGCCUGACACCGUUUCGGGUGGCUAAAAAUAACAAAGGUGUUACGACGGUACAAAUGUCCUUUUUCGGUUUCAUCAAUAUCGCGCUCUACAUCCUCCUCUAUGGGGCGUGUUAUAUUGUCUCGUUGCUGCAGGAUGAAACGGUCGUGGGAUAUUUCUUUCGUACCAAAAUCUCAAAUGUGGGAAAUACUUUGCAGAUUUGUAAUGGCCUGAUAACCGGGGCGGUUAUUUACAUCUCGGCUGUGACCCAGAGACGGAAGUUAUUGCGCGUCUGUGAAAUUCUCUAUAACUUGGAUGAGAACUUUGCCAACAUUGGCAUUAAAGUGAAAUAUUCGCGUAUCUAUCGUUUUUCGAUUGUGAUGAUAAUUUUCAAAAUUCUGGUGAUUGGUUGUUAUUUUGCGGGGGUCCUGCAUCUGCUGAAAUCGCUGGGCAUAACUCCGUCCUUUAGUGUUUGUGUGACGUUUUUCCUGCAACAUUCGGUGCUGUCGAUUGCGAUUUGUUUGUUCUGCUUUGUGGCGAGGAGUUUUGAACGGCGUCUCGUGAUUGUUAAUAAGGUAGGUAUGGAUACUGAAGUGGACAAUUAUUACGGAACACAAAAUUUUGAAAAUAAAAAUUUGAACCAUAUUAAAUUGGUUAAAAAUGUAUUGUUGUAG